UGCACCAUGAGUGGUUUACUUUGCAAUGCCACAUAGCCACACAACACAGAGACAUCUGAGCUAACGGAGAUAGCAGUAAUAAAAGGCCCUGUGGCCAUGGCUAAAGACCCGUUAGCCGAGGCAGGUUUUUAUUUCGAUGAGCUCAACAAGCUACGGGUGCUGGAUCCUGAUGUCAGCCAGAAGACGUCAGAGCUCAAGGAGGAGUGUAAAGAGUUUGUGGAUAAAAUUGGCCAGUUUCAGAAGAUAGUGGGAGGUCUGAUUGAGCUGGUGGAUGAACUGGCCAAAGAGGCAGAGACAGAAAAGAUGAAGGCGAUUGGGGCCAGAAACUUGCUCAAGUCAGUGGCAAAGCAGAGAGAGGCUCAACAGCAGCAGCUUCAGGCUCUGAUAGCUGAAAAGAAGAUGCAACUUGAGAGAUAUCGAAUUGAGUACGACGCCUUGUCCAAAGUGGAGUCGGAGCAGAACGAGUUCAUUGACCAGUUUAUCCUGCAGAAGUGACGAUCAGACUCACAUGGCAGAAAAUGUUUGACGUCUCUGACCACGUUUCCGGAGUGCCUGUCCUGUUUUUCUCUGGGAGACCCCAUCCCUCAGAGAGUUACUCUGCUGCGACUCUUUUUCUGAAGCAAUCCCAAAGCUCCAACAUCAUCGGAAAACAUCUAGUCCUCAGACCAAACGUCUCAACAUUUCAGACCAACGUUGAAGAGGAUGGAGCUGUUUAUACAAAGGAAUAUUAUUUAUACUAUUUAUACUGAAAAAUGAGUGUGUAUAUCUAGUUUUAAUACUUUUUGUAUUAAUUGCAAUACUGCAUGUGCAUGCAUCUGUAAAUACGAAGGAGAGAAAUUGACAUCCUGGUUCGAUCUGUGUGUUGUGUUUGCUUUUUAUUCCAAUCCGCUGGUAUAGCCGGAGUCUGUAGGCACAACACACGACCAAUACGUUCUCCUGUUUUCAGAUUUGUUUUCUUCUUUCUAACUGUUUUGUGUUAUUCAUGUAUUAAUUUAGACAACACAUGAUUAUACUUGAAUAAAUAGUGGACUAUGUUGCACAAUAAAA